AUGGAGAAGAAGCCUUUGCCCGCAGAUGAUGACCAGACCGAGAGUGGACCCCAUGUGCCUCAAGACACUCUGCAGGACCCAGAACCCGUGGCCCGGGCGGGGUGGAACAGCAAAAUAGAAUACUUUUUAGCCCAAGUUGGCUUCAGUGUGGGACUCGGAAACGUUUGGCGCUUUCCAUAUCUGUGCCACCAGAACGGAGGAGGAUCCUUCCUCCUGCUGUACAUUCUGCUGAUGCUGGUGGUGGGCAUUCCCCUGUUCUUCCUGGAGCUGGCGGCGGGUCAGGCCAUCCGACAGGGGAGCAUCGGAGUGUGGAAGCACAUCUCUCCAAAGCUCGCUGGGAUCGGCUACUCCAGCUGUGUGGUCUGUUUCUUUGUUGCUCUUUACUACAAUGUCAUUCUUGCGUGGAGCCUCUUCUACCUCGGCAACUCAUUCCAGCAGCCUUUACCCUGGGAACAGUGUCCAACUGAGGUCAACGCCACCGAGUGCGAGAAGAGCUCCCCCACGUCGUACUUCUGGUACCGUAAAGCUCUGGACAUCACCGACUCCAUCGAUGAGACGGGAUCGUUCAACCCCUACAUCGUGUGCAGUCUGCUGGGGGCGUGGACCAUCGUCUGCCUGGGAAUGUUCCGGGGAAUCAAAAGCUCUGUCAAGGUGAUGUACUUCUCCUCCAUCUUUCCGUACGUGGUGCUGUUCUGUUUCCUCGUGCGUGGACUCAUGUUAGACGGAGCCAUGGAGGGGAUCUCCCACAUGUUCUAUCCAAAGCUUGAGAUUUGGGGCAACGUGCAGGUGUGGAGACAGGCUGCCACUCAGGUGUUCUUUGCCCUGGGCCUGGGCUUUGGGUCCAUUAUUGCCUACUCUUCCUAUAAUCCCAAAAACAACAACUGCCACAGAGACGCUUUCACCGUCUCGUUCAUCAACUUCCUGACGUCAGUCCUCGCCACUCUAGUCGUGUUUGCGGUUCUUGGCUUUCGUGCCAAAGAGAAGGUCAAGGAAUGCAUCGCCAAUAAUGUGAGACAGUUGUCAGAAGGAUUUCACAACGGGGGAGUGGACAUAAACAUCAUGCCAACGUUUAACAUGUCAGAUCCCAGUUCUGUGGAUCCUAAAGACUACACUUCCUGGUUUGUACAGUUUGGCAAACUUUACCCCAAGAAUUUAACUGAGUGCAGCUUGGAGAAGGAGAUGCAAAAGGGUGCGGAAGGCACUGGUUUGGCUUUCAUUGCCUUCACUGAGGCCAUGACGCUGCUCCCUGCCAGUCCUUUCUGGUCCGCCCUGUUCUUCCUCAUGCUGCUCAACCUGGGACUCAGCACCAUGUUUGGUACCAUGGAGGGCAUUCUGGCUCCUCUCACUGACCGCUUUAAGACUUUGGCCAAUAACAAAACCAAACUGACCGUGUUCAUCUGCGUCAUUGGUUUUCUGAUCGGCCUCCUCUUCACUCAGCGCUGUGGAAACUACUUUGUCACUAUGUUUGACGACUACUCUGCCACUCUGCCGCUCAUCAUCGUCGUGGCCUUUGAGACAUUCAGCGUGUCGUGGCUGUACGGAGCCGAUAGGUUUCUGGACGACUGUGAGGGGAUGCUCGGCUGGAGGCCCCCUGUCAUCUACAAAUACUUGUGGAAAUACAUUUGUCUGUUUUCGAUGUUGGGUCUGCUCCUCGCCACAACGAUACGCAUGUGCCUUAAAAGACCCACAUACUUGGCCUGGAACCAUGAGACAGCCUCAGAGGAGUACCUGGACUAUCCGGACUGGGCCUUGGCCGUCCUGGCUUUGUUGAUCAUCUUUGCCAUGAUGCCCGUCCCGCUGUGCUUCAUCCACUCCGUGCUGCAGGACAGGAUGAGGCGCUCGUCCAGAGAUGAGACUGUGGCGUACAGCAUGGUCAGUACAGACGACAAGUGUGAGACUCCGCUCACAGACAUGUCAGAACUGGAGCAGAGGAACGCAGCCGCAGCCGCCUUCUCCUGA